AUGACCAUUAACAAUAAAAUUGAAACUAGUAAUGAUUAUGGUAUCCUGCAUGGUGGUGAAAAUUCCAAGGAUAUGUCAACUUUUUCAAAAUUUCUCUGCAUAUAUUCGAGAAAUCCAAACACUUUCGAAUUAUAUGAAGCUCGUGAUAAACAAAAUUCAACUUUUGGACCCAAUUGGGAUGAAUUUAAAAUGAUUUUGCAAAAAAAUGUUUUAAAAGCCACAGAAUAUGAAUAUGGUGAGGUUUAUGAAUAUAUCAUUCCAGUUUCUGCUUUUGCUGACACUUCUUUUUCUUUAAAUGGUAACAUUGCUAAAUUUAUCAGGUUUCCUACUAAUAAUAUUGAUUUUGAAAUCAAAGUUAGUGAGUAUUGGAAAGCUGGUGAAAGUCAAAUUAGAGGUGUUAUUACAACUACUGAAAAUGAAAAUGUCUUUAAUGAUUGGUUUGUUUUCCAUAUUUUAGAUCAAGCUAGAUUGCAUACUAGCGAAACCCCAAUGGAUCCCACUAUAAGUACCAACUAUGCUGAGCUAUUUACCAGGUUUUUUGAAGAGAAUUUGAAAAACACAGUUGUUCAAGAUGAAUGGGAUUUAGGUGGCAGACAGCAUUUCCUUGAACGUGUUGAAUAUUUCACCAAGAGAAUGGCUAAAAUUGAAUGUAUUUUGCCCGCUUUCCCAUGCAAAUCUUCUAACACUCAAAAGGUGUAUAGUCUAUUUCCAGAUAUGGGUGAGGAAUUAGCCUUCAAAAAUUUGAUUUCCUGUGUUGAAAAGGUUUCCAAAAUAUAUCCACCAGGUAUUAAAAUUUGGAUUGUUUCUGAUGGACAUGUUUUUAGUGAUUGUAUUGGUGUAGAUGAUGAUGUUGUUGAUGAAUAUACUAGAAAAUUGCACAAUCUAUAUAAGACAUGUGCUGUACCCGGUAUUGAUGCCAUUGGGUUUUGUGGUUUGAAAGAAUUAUUUUUUGAAGGAGAUACCAGUUUAAAAUUUAAUGAGGAGUGGGUAGCUGAAAUUACCUUACCACAUUAUACUGGCUCCAAAAUUUGCCAAGGCAGUGAAUUGUGUAGAAAAAUCUUGAUGAAAGGUUGUGAUACUGAUGAUGGUAGAUUAAGAGAACAAAUAUUAAUUCCAGACCAUCCAAGAUUACAUUUAUAUAGAGGCUUCUCCAAAUUUAUGAUUGAGGAUUUACGCUUAUUAUCGCAUUUCAAAGGUGCUUCUAAUAAAACCUAUAAAAAAACGGCUUGCAAAGUUUCUUUUGAAAUGAUUAAAAGAAAUGAUGCUUAUUCUAAUUUGGUAGAUUUGGUUUUCCCUCAUCAUUUAAGAUUGUCUAUUCAUGCUCAUAAUAAUAGAGGACCAAAAUUUGGAAUUAGAAUAAUAUCUUUGGAACAAUGUAGACCAAUUAAGUCUUUGAAUAGUGUUGAAGAGCCUGAAUAUGAAGAUUUAUUGCACAUUCCCACACCUUGGCACAAUUGUGUCGUCAAAGUUGAUAACAAUGAUAAAUAUUAUUUAACCAGAUCAAGUGUUAUUCAUGAAGCCAUUAGCAAGGGACUAUAUAAAGGUGAAUGGUGCAUUGAACAUUCCACAGGCGGUCACUUUGUUAUUAGAAAAGUUGAUAAUGAGCUUGAAAAGGAUGCUGCCAUUGUCAAAGUUUCUGACUUAAAUAUUUCAAAUGAUGAUAACAGUAUCAGUAGUUUUGAAGAUGAACAAAAUGAAAAGAAAUUACAAGAAAAGGGAGAAGAAGAGGAAGAAGGGGAUCUGGUCCUGAAUUCUAGUAUUACUGCUUGA